CAUAGUUACACCUCAAUAAAGUAGUUUUAGUUUUUUAGCCCCCUCUGCCAGAAGGAUACAAAUUUUAAUUAAGCGUUUAUAAGCAGCAUUAUUAAAGAUGGAAUUGAGAAUUAAUUCACUGGGAUUUAUACUACUUGCAACGACAUUGAUCUAUAGUGCCGGCAAUUUAAUAACAACAACCUCAGCUGAAGGUUUACGUCUACCGGAUCAACAGUCAAAUUCAAUACCUCAACAGCAACAGAUAUUACCGCAACAGCAACAACAUGUACAGCAAAUAUUUUCAAAUCAACAACAACAACAAUAUGUUCAGCAACCCCAGCAGCAGCAACAACAACAGCCAGGAGCUGGUGAGGAACGUGGCCGUUCUUCAAUACUCAGCAUAUUUGGUUUAGGUGGUGGUGAAAGUGAUCCCUAUUUGGCUCGUUCCAAUUCAAAUUGUUUAAGCGGAGAUUUAUCUGAAUGUUUCAAGACACAAGCUUUGAAUAGUUUCGAUGAAAUCUUCUAUCGUGAACAAUAUGCAUUAUCUGAUUUUGCUCGUGUUGUUCGCAUGCCUGAGACACAACAGCGUUCUUUGUUGCAAGAACCUUUUGAAUAUUCAGAAGAACCACGUAAUGAGGAUAGUGACUGGGAUCAAUUGGUGAAAUAUGCUUUAAGAAGAGCUGAAAGAUUCAUUAAAUCCACAGCUUUGGAAAUUGAUGUACCAGAAGAAUUCACUGAAGCGGGACGCUAUGAUGCACGCUUUAUUGGAAAUGAUAUCGACAGUGAAUUGGACAUCAUUGAGGAUAAACAUGCUCCCAUCAUAAAACGUAAAAAGUUGAAGAAAAUGAUCAUUCCUUUGUUGUUGGUGUUGAAAAUUUUCAAAUUGAAAUUGUUGUUAUUCUUGCCCUUCAUCUUGGGUAUUGCUGGUCUCAAGAAGAUUCUCGGUUUGGCUGCCAUCAUCUUACCCGGUCUCUUUGCCUACUUCAAAUUGUGUCGUCCCCAAGGUGGACCUGGUGGUUAUAAUGCUGGCGGUGGUUUAUUCUCCGGUUUGUUUGGCAGUAAAACAACAUUCCCUGAAUACUCACCACAAGGUGUCGGUUCAGCUACGUACUAUCAUCAUCAUGAACAUUAUGAUGGUGGUGCUGGCAAUGCUCAAUACUAUAGACCUGAUCCACAUUUCUCUAAACCCUAUGGUGAUUACUAUAGCAAGAAUUAUGCUACUACUGGCAAUUCGGUUAGUUUUGGUGAAACAUCUGCCCAUGAUGCUGCUUAUUCUGGUUAUUAUGGCAGAAAUACUGGCAAAGAUAUUGAAAGUACUCAGAAGAGUUAGAAUGAUAUAUAGAAGAGAGAAAAUUUCUUUUAGCGGAAAUUUUACUCUUGUAAAAUGGCCAUUCUUUCAGAUUUAUUAUUUGUAUAU